AGUGAUGAAUGUGGAUGAUGACGUCAGCAGUGAGGAUGAGUGGAACGACAUACAGACAAAUAGUGAAGAUAAUGAUGACGUCAUUGACGAGACUGAAGAAAACACGGUGUGUAUAUCUAAUUAUAAAUAGCUCUUUGUUUAUCCCUUUAUUUAUGUCAGGGAAAGGUUUACAGGUAAACUAUGUGAAGCGUUCCUCUCUUGAGUUUCUAAAUCGAAUGCAAUUUUCCUCAUUACCUUUGCAAUUUAAAAAACUCCCUUGCAAAUCCCUUGAGGGAAUUUGCAAUGUUGCUAAUUUUCCUCAGUUCCUGUUAGAAGUUCUUAAGGUUACAGGACACCCUUUUUGGCGUUUGGCGGAAAAUCGCUACUGCGCGCUCAAUAUCAGUCCGAUUUGAAUCAAAUUUUCACCAAAUGUUCGCCAGUGUAUGCAAAAUAUGGUAAAGUUGUAAAAUUAACAAACAAUAAAAUAAUAUAAGAAUUAUUCAGGAAAAUCUUAAAUCGCGGUACCGUUACGCUUUUGAGUUGUGCUCCUGCUGGUUUUAAGUUAUAUUUAUGAAAAUAUCAUUUUUAUACAGUAAAAUAGUUGUUCUAAAAAAUUGUGUUCGGAAAUUUUUGUUUAUUUCGUCAUUCCGCUGAUAUGGCGAUUUCUUUGACGACUGCAAUAUAUUUCUGAAUUGUUUGAGUGAAUUGCUCUUUAUUAUUAAAAUAUCGAAAAUUAAAGAAAAGCCGAACACGAUUUUGAAAUUGACGUCUUUAGCUAUGUCCUGUGAAAAUUUGAGAAAAAUUGGUCAAAACCCGCAGGAGCACAACUCGUUUGAAAAUCAGUAAUUACCGUAAAAUUCUUCGGGAGAAAAUUGAAUUUGAAUAUUACAUUUUCAAUGUUUUUCUUAUUGCAGCGAAAUGUAUUUUAUUAAAUAACUCUGCGAGUUUUCAACAUUUUUCGUUCAAACUUGGUCAGAUAGUAGAACUAGUCUAAUGCUUUCAUGGAAACCAAUAAAAAAAUUUUAGUCAAAAUUAACCCUCAAAGGUGUUCUGUAACCUUAACUUCCUGUUUUGCUCUGUGCGUUGUAAUUGGCUAACAAAAAUAAUCCACCAGUGACAACGCUCAGAACAGAACAGGAAGUUAGGAAAAUUUAAAAUGAAGUUUUUUGCAUUGGAAUAUUGCAACAGCCGAUAGGAACAUUUCAAAUUCCCCCAAGGGAUUUCCAAAGAGUUUUUCAAAUUUGCAAAGCUAAUGAGGAAAAUUCCAAAUGAGUCAGGAAGUCAAAGUAGGAACGCUUCACGUAGUUUACCUGUAAAAGAUGAACAUUUUCCUCUGGUAGAUCUUGACCAUUUACUAUGAUUGUAAAUUUAACAAUUUUAAGAAUCAUCCUGUACAUCAGAAUGUUUCAGUGCAUGCAGUUUAUUGUAGAUUCUACCAGUUAAUUCCAGUCUUACUCUGUGAGGUUAUACGUGGUUAUUUUUAAACUACCUGGGGCCGGUUGUGCAAAGGGUGUAUAGUGCUAUCCACCGUAUAGUGAUUUAUUUUUUCAAUCGUUUUUAAAACACUUAAAAUGCUAUUGAUAAAAAGAAACUUCAAUUUAUAAAUACAAAAGUUUAAUCUGGGUUAUAUCAAUCAACGGGUUAUUUUAGGAACCGAUCUUCGUACAACCGGCCCCUGGCUUGGAAAAAUCAAAGAAUAAAGGAAUACCGAAAAGUGUGAUACUGAGUAUUUUGUCCCUUUGUAGCCUGCAGACAAUCAUUCUGUGUGCGAAGAGAAUGAAGAAAACCCGGAGUUAGUAGCUUCAAGAAUAAGUCAAACCAAGGUAAGGAUUGACCAGUUUCUAUAUUUCAUUUAUUUAUUUAUUUAUUAAAGUUAUUAUUGACCCAAAUAUAAAAACACUUGAUUGCAAAAUUUACAGAAUCCAUUUCCAGCCGACAACUUUAGAAAAUACAAUAUAAAACAUACUGUGAAUAAAAGCAUUUUGUGCUCUCAAGAUUUGAGUUAUCAACAAGAAUACACGAUAUAUGCGCUCAAAACCUGAAAUAAAAUCGAAAUACCAGCACUGCCUAUCAUGUCUUCUUGUUGACGCCAUAUUUAGAGCAAUAUAAGCAUGUGGGGGGGGGGGGGCACCACCAAUAAUUUCCGAAUACUUUUACUACUAGCUGAAUAAUUGUGUAACAAAGCUGUGACAACCAUGAAACAUGAUAGACUAUAAAUUAAGCUAUACUGCAUAUUGCAUGAAAUAUAAGAAAAAAUUUCAGAUUCAAAUUAGUUCGUAUAUUCACAACAGAUUUUAAUAUAGAUUUUCACAAAUGAAGAUUUCAAGAAAAUCAAGCUAACAAAGAUUAUCCAACAAGUUAAUCCAAAAGGUGGAAAGAAAAGGAAACGUGAACAAACUAUCGACGAACCUUCCGAAAAGUAAUUUCGUCUCCAUUGCCUUCAUGACUUUUUAUAUUUUGUGAUGAGAUCAUGAAGAAGACACAAUAAUAUUUCAUGUUGGUCUAUUUUAUUUGUGCAGGAAAGAUUUAUUGUCAGUUGAUGAUAUUGAACAAAUUACUGGGAAGAAACGAAGAAGCAAUAAAGAAGAGAGGAUAGCGUCAGCGAAGGUAGAAAUAGCUUUUAUACUCAUAAAGAACAUAUAA